GGUACAGUACUUACCUUACCACCAGUCUCCUCGGAUUCCUCGGAACUACAUUUUUGCAUUGUUUUGGUCUACAUUUUGUUUGUGACACAUACAGAGAGGUUAAGGUCAAUAUCGGAAAAUGGAUUUUAUUCUUUGCAGUCUUCUUGCGAUUGCGACAUUAUAUUUAAUAUCAGCAAUACUCAAACACAAAUCAUAUGUGGGUGUCUCCGCAAAAACGCAGUUACUUUACACUGUAGCUCUUGUUGUACAGGGUGAAAUUUCCAUAUUGUACAUAUUGCUUAUAGCAUUUCCCUCAAUUGUGGCUUUUACUUUGGCUUUUAAGAUGAGAGAUACUUAUGAAAAAGAAGUCGACAGUUUUUGGGCAGAGAUUCUUCUUAUAGCAGCUUUCAUUUUAUCCGUUUACGUCCAACCUCAUUUCUCCUCAUUUGGGAUUGAUCUCACAACUGAAAGCCAAGAUUUCCUUAAUAAAAUUUUCGGUUCACUAGAGAUUCCAACUCAAAAUCCAUCAAUGUUUAGCUUCUCAGCUCUAAUAUCUAGUCUCAACCAUGCAACGAUAGAAAAUUUUAAUAAACAAAUGAACGAAAAAUAUAAUAAUUUCUAUACACAUUACCAGUCCUGGUCCAUCUUAUUUGACAAACUCGAGACUUUAGAACAGGAUAAACAAAAAAUGAAAAAAGAAAUAGGAGAUAGGCAACUAACGGAGCUGGAGAAAAAAUCUAAAAUUUUUAAAAGUCAAAAAAACAAUGUAAACUAUCAAAUAUCGUCAACUCAAAAUGACAUGAUGAAAAUUUUUAAUAAUUUUAAAUAAAAAAUUUAGGAGUAAUAAAUAUGCAAAUAGGUUUCAAUGGUUAAAAUAAUAUUGAUAACAUUGGUAUUUUAAUUGUAUUAUACGCGUUGUAGUUUAUUGUAUAAAUGUGAUAAACAAAUGUAAUAAAUAAAUUAAUAAUAAGUGUGUGUAAAUAAAGAAUAUAAAUUAAGUAUUUUCAUUUAAAAUAAAGUUAAUAAAUAAAGAGUUAAAAAUAAUAAAACAGUAAAUUCGUAACAAUAAGAACUAAAUACCGAACAUUGGUAUAAUCCUUCUUUCACAUGGAAUUUAUCACUCUCUUGCACACAUGUCUUAACACUAGUUAUUACCCCCUCAUAAAUGUCUAACACAAUCUUUACAUAUUCACCGGGGACUCCAUUCUUAUUGAGUGCCCACCAGAGCAUCUUUCGAUGAAUUCUAUCUAUUAUCAACUCUCUCAAAUGAGCGUUUGUUUCUUUGUUCUUGUAUUUUCCACCAACUACCCUAUAAUGAAAAUUGAAUCUAUUUAUCGAUCUGUCUUGAAUAAAGCCAAACUGAUUAUAUGAUAUUCCCGUUUCUUCACGUAUCUGUCUAUCAAUUACUCUUUCCCAUGUUUUUGUGGUGUGAACCUACAGUUUUGAAGAUUUCUAUCCGAACUAUUUCUUACGGUUCUUAUAUAAAUUUCCCUACUUUUUUAUUUUUUCUUCAACUUCGUUUGAUUGCCACCAGGUCUCUUUAUUUUCAAACAUAUUUGUCCAAAUUGUACUAGGAUUACCUUUAAUGUUUCAACACAUUUCUCUACUCUUCUUCUCCUGAAUAGAUCUUAUUUCUCAUUUUUAAUAUCCAAUUGUGGUCCUCUCCUAAAUUUUGGUUUGGUUUUGCUUUUUAUUUCGAUGUCCAGCAAAAGCAAAGUAUGUUGUUGGCUUACUCAUUAACUAUUAUCCUGCAGUUCUUACAUUGAUAUAGAUCUUCUUUUUUUGUUAUGAAAUAAUAUAUUUGGGUGUGAUUCUCUUCACUCUCCUUUAAAAGAAUAUGUUAAUAAUCGCCAUAUCUCAAGUAUGUCUAUCUCCAUCUUUAUUUCUGGUUCCAAAGCAAAGCUCUUCAUGUCUUGCUCCAUAUCCUGUCUUGGAUUGGCCAACAUAUGCGUUAAAAUCAUAUCCUAUUAUGACUUUCUUCCCUGAUCAAAUAUUGCUCAGUAUGUCUCUUAAUCUAAUCGUUCAUGGACAGCUUUCUUUUCCCAGCCCUGUUUGAGCCACAUAUACUACAAAAUUCAAUACUUCAAAUAUAAAUUUCACUGAAAUUGUUCUAUCGCUCGUUUUUACAACUUCUAUUACCUUACCUUUCAUUUCACUAUUGGCAAUUAUACCAACUCCAUCCCUAGUGUUACUUUUCCCUACGUACCAUAUUUGUAUCCUUCGCCUGGUUUUGCAACAUAGUAAUUUGUACUCUCCUUCCUUUAAGUGCAUUUACUCACUUCUCAUAAGUCAUACAUAUUUUUGGGUGCCUUUUUCCGGUUUUAAAUCUCAUUGAUUUUACUGUAUUUUUUAUACUUUGAUUUGACCAAAGAUUUUAUCAACUUCUUAAACGUCAGUUAAAGUUCUUCUCUAGCCAGCGAAAAGUCAUCACUAAUACAGAAACUUGUUUGUCGUAAUCUGAUACAUGUGUGAGAAAAAAAUAUGUGGGUACAUUUCAGUUCAACUUAUAAUUAAAUUAUUUUUUACUUUUUAGGUACUAUCUACUUUUAGCGAUUACCUAGAAACUGUAGCGUUUAUUCCCCAGCUAUAUAUGAUCUGGAACAGCAAAGGAACUACCAAACACAUGAAA